UCCUGCUCUCCAGUGCCAUUCCAUCCCUGCUAAUUCUCACAAUCAGCUGUGACAUGAUGCUCAAUGAUUUUCCUUCAUCUUGUGCAGCUUUGAGGCUGAACUCCUCCCGGCUAUGUCUUGCUUUGCUCUCUACUGCCACUGUAACGCUCGAGAGGAGGGGAGUGAACAGGGUAAUGAAUGCGUGCACAGACAAGUGCGUUCAACUCCUCUAGAAUUCCUCCAGCAGAGAUGUGCGUUUAUCCGGCGCGAUUUCUCAAAUGUUGCUCUCUACAUUCUUUAGUUUCUUUCUUCGGAAUUGUCAUUUUGACCCACCCUCCAUCUAAAACACGUGCAACUUUGGGAGAGCUUGGCAACCAGGUAGUGGACAGCUGUACAGCAGCAUGCCGUUUCUAGCAAACAGUAUUCCCUGGAUCUUCGCUGAGUCAAUCCAUGGCCACUUCGUUUGUGGAAGUAUAUUCAGCUGGUUUGAUUGACGCCUAAGUGGAGGGAAUACGCAGACGGGCGAGGGAGAAUGGCUUCGAAAGAGCGACUGUACGAGCUGUGGAUGUUAUAUUACACUAAGAAAGAUGUCACUUACCUGCAGCAAUGGUUGGAGGCAUUCGUGGCGUCUUUUGAGAAGGUCAUUGAUGUGCAGUCGACGGAGCCUCGUCGGCUGGAGGAAUGGAGCGCCGAUGUCCCCCUCCUCCCCAAGGAGGUGUUGGUGUUCCUCAGCACCCAGCUGUGGCACAGUGCCCUCCACAUGUCAGGGCAGGAUCAGAGCAGCACUGCUCCACACCCACUGCUCCUCAUCAAGUUCUUCAUCAUCAUCUGCAGGAAUAUGGAGAAUAUAGACUCUGAAAAGACCCCGGGGUUUGUGUUUGAGACAAUCAAGCUCCUAAACUUCUGUUUGACUCAGCUGAAGAAGCAGCCAGAUGAUCAGAGCACUUUACAGUCGGUGGUACAACAUGGCUUGCUGCUGUGUGAAAAUCUCUUUGACCCUUAUCAGACGUGGAGGAGACGGCAGGCAGGGGAGGAGGUCAGUAUGCUGGAGAGAAGCAAGUAUAAAUUCUCACCUCUUGUUCUACCAGAGGAGCUUCCUUUGCUCUUCCACGACUACCUACAAGAGAGCGAACUAAUCCCAGAGCCGCUCGUGGUGAGACUGGUGCAUCUACAGGGAGCUGUAAUCAGUGGAUGCAAGAGGAACGGCCUUGUCUCCAUCACCCCCCAGGCUGUGAAGGACCUCAUGUCCGUGCUGCGUUCCUGGUGCCUCACUCCAGCCUCACCCCCACAAGAGCCCAAGGAUCCUUGGCUGCUCAAAAUGACCCUGCGGUGCCUGACUGCAAUGAUCCACCUUCUGCACUCCAGCAGCCCAGCCGAGAGGCAGGUGGAGAUCCGGACAGUACUGGAUAGUUACUUCCAGCUGCUCAACUGGAACCGGCCACCAGACAGCCAGCAGGAAGAUAUGCAGACCUGGGAGGAUAACCUCAUUACCCUUCUCGAACAUAUGCUGAAUGCUAUCCCAGAGAUCCUGCAGUGUUCAGACCGGCCGGUGUUGCAGGCUAUCUUUCUGAAUAACAACUGUUUCGAGCACAUCCUCCGCCUCAUCCAGAACAGCAAGCUAUAUCAGAGUAACAGGUUUAAGGUGGAGUGUGAGGGCCAAUGUGACCUCACUACACGGUUGCUCACAGAGGCUGAAGUGGAGCAGGUCUGGGAAAAGGGCUCUGACUGCAUCACAGUACACGCCAUUCGAGUUCUCACUGCCAUAAUGAGCAACUCGCCCUCUGCCAAGGAGGUCUUCAAGGAGCGGAUUGGCUACUCACAGUUGUUUGAUGUGUUGAAAAGUCAAGGACAGCCCACCAAAAGACUCCUGCAGGAGCUGAUGAACAUGGCUGUUGAAGGAGAACAUUCCCAGGCCAUGCAGUUGGGCAUCAGUAAUGAACAGCCUUUGCUCCUGCUGCUGCAGUGGUUGCCUGAUCUGGGCUCUCGCUCUCUGCAGCUGCUGGUGUCCCAGUGGCUGGCGGCCGUGUGUCGAGGAACUCUGUCCUGCCGCACUGUAGCCGUUGAGGUGGGCUUAGUAGGCGCUUUGCUGGAGGUGCUAUCCGAAGCCCCGGAGAGGCUCGACCGGCAGUGUGCAGAUGCCCUCUUGGGCUUGCUUCAAGACUUGGGAUCUCUUUCUCUACGGCCCUGUGAACUGAAGAGUCUGCUGAAGCUCUUGCGGGCCGAGCCUGGUGCACCCCCUCACCCGUACUGCGGGCGCGUGGUAAGGGUGCUUUCUGCCAUGGCCGCUCGCGGAGAGGGUGGAUGCAGCGCCUUGCAGUAUUUUGACCUUACGCCCCCUAUGGCAGGUAUUAUGGUGCCAGCUAUACAACGCUGGCCAGGAAACGCGUUUGCUUUCCACGCUUGGCUGUGCCUCAACACAGACUUUCCUCCUCCCCAGCACCACUACUCAGAAUCUCACCUGACAAACACGGAUAAUAUGGUUCGAAUGGCUAAGGGACCACGUAGGAAACAGCUUUACAGUUUCUUCACAGUGAGCGGAACUGGCUUUGAAGCUUUUUUCACCACAGAAGAAGUUCUGGUGGUGGCAGUAUGUACUAAAAAGGAAUACAUGGCCGUUUCCCUGCCAGAACACCCAUUCAAUGAUUGCGCCUGGCACUCAGUAGCCAUUGUUCACGUUCCUGGCCGUCGGCCCUUUGGACAGAAUGUGGUCACUGUUUAUGUGGAUGGAGUGCAGUGUAAAACAGCACCCCUGCGCUUUCCUUCUCUGAAUGAGCCUUUCACUUCCUGCUGCAUUGGAACAGCUGGUCAACGGACCUCUACCACCAUGACUACCUCUCCGACCCUGCCCAACCCGUCCCACUCGCCCUCCGAGAUGGCAUUUGCAGCACAUGCUGGGCCACCCACCCUUGCACGUUCCCAGUCCUUCCCUGCAUCCUUUGCAGCAGCCGCAGGGGGGCGGCCAGGUGUGAGUCGGGACAGUCCAGUUCACACCAUCCCGGCAGGGCUACAGGACACUGCGUGGGGCUCUCCUUCAUCACUGGGUGGCCUUUUAGCCACGGUGUUCAUCUGCCAUGAAGCUCUGCAGCCUGCUCAGGCACGAGCCCUGUUCACUGCAGGUCCCAAUAAUGUUUCUCUAUUCAAAGCUGAUGGUGAACCUUCAGAAGUCAACAGUAAACUAGUGUUAUAUUACACCCCACAGGCCUUUAAGAUCCAGAUCUGUUUGGAUUUGUCCCCCAACCAUCUUUACGAUGGCAGGCUGACUGGUCACAGAGUGGUGAACUGGGACGUCAAGGAUGUUCUGAGCUCAGUUGGUGGCAUGGGAGCUCUCCUGCCCCUGCUGGAGCAGGUGUGUUUACUGGAUCAGGGCGAGACUGUAGGUCAGGAGACUUCAGAUCUUCUCGGGCCAGAGCUCACAUCCUCCAGGGGCCCUGCCGGCAUGCUGCUGCCACUGGGGAAGUCAUCUGGUCAGUACUCUCUCAGUUGUGACACAUUGGUAGCAACAUGUCUGAUUCCAAUCCCUCUCUCUCUUCCCAUCAUCCAUGUUCCCAGCAGUAUGAUGGACAUGAGUGUAUUGAUGGCCUGUCAGUUCCUGCUCAAGCAGGUGUCCAACGAGGGCAACAAUGCCCUUCUAUCACAGCUGUACCAGUACCUGCUCUUUGACUUCAGAAUCUGGAGCCACAGCCACUUUGCAGUCUGCCUGGGUCAUGUGCAGUACCUUGCCACCAUCAUCAAUGAAGGCAAGCUGAAGACUCGUAAGAGGUAUGGUGUUCAGUAUAUCCUGGACUCGAUUCGGACACACUACAGUGUGGAGAAGGAUGGCAGUCCUCUGUCUGAUGAGAGGCAGACGGUGCAGAUCUCUCUUUUCGCUCUGCUGAAGGACCUUCUGAAAUCUCCCACUGCUGAGGAGCUGCACAGUGUGCUAUCCUACGCUGCUAUAGUGCAGGACGAGCCACAGGUGAUCAGUAUUCUGGAUGUGUUACACACUGUAUUGAGGAGUUCUCCAUCUCCACGUGAGCAGGCUGUGACGGUUCUUCUGGAGCGAGGGGUGGAGCAGCUCUACUGUCUGCUGCUUAAAACCAACUAUGGAGACGAGGCUCGUGAGAGAGUUUUCAGGGUCUUGUAUAAAGUCCUGAAGAGUGAACGUAUACCUGAACGCAGUAAAAUGCGCAUCAAGCUCAAGGACUCUGGCUACCUUGGGCUGGUCUGCUCCUUUGGUGACGUCCCCAUCACAAUGGUGACUGUACGCUGUCUGUAUGAGCAGGUGCUCGCCACAGAUCCCACUCCUAAUUUUAGAGACCUGUUGGCAGUGGCAUACCUGUCCCAUCGUGCUGACCUCAGCGUCCGACUAGAUAUCUGUCGUAAGCUCUUCCACUUGAUCUACUCCAAUGAAGAGUAUGUGAAGCAGCUCGCUCGUCAGUCAGGCUGGCAGGAUGUUCUCACCAAACUCUACAUCAAAGAAUCGUACGAGUCUCGCGUUCUCAGCCAAUCCAAUUCUUUGUCCAGCCCCACCAACUCGCUGGACCCCGUUCUUUCCAGACGCGUCUUCCAUCGUGAGGACAGCGUAAUGGAGGACACUCGGCAGAACGUCUACAUUUCCCUCACUGCCCGCCACGAAGAGGAGUACGAGGAGGAAGAAGCUCAGGAUGCGUCUGAGGGCUACUCUGACCUCUCCCAGUCUCCCCCGUCAACCGGACAACUCAAGAGCGAUUCCUUGCACUUCAAGCCAUUUGACUCCGGAGAACAAAGCAGUCAUUCGUCCACCCUGUCCAACACUUUGGACAUUCCAUCGUCGUCCCGUUUGCUGGAAGAAGAGGAAAUCGUGUACCAGCCACUCUCACCCUUCAGCUCAGCCUUUGAGCUGGAACUAAGCCUUCAAAAAGGACCCCAGACACCUGUGGGUAGCCAGCCAGAGACCCCCUCUCCUCUGGAGCACAGUAAGAGCUUCCCAGGCAUGAGGCCACGCAAGAGCUCCAGUCUGUCCAACGUUCUGGACAACACAAGCUACAGCACCGAACCUCCUACAGACACCAUCUCCAACACAUCCAACCCACAGGCUCCCGAGGAGGAGUUGUGUAAUUUGCUGACGAACAUCGUAUUCUCUGUGCUGUGGAGCGGCACUGAGGGGUCUGAGGAUGUGAUAUGGAGAGAAAGGGGUCAGGUGUUCUCUGUCCUCACCAAGCUUGGCUCAUCCUGUCAGCUGGUGCGGCCACCUGAUGACAUCAAACGCAGUCUGUUGGAGAUGAUGCUGGAGUCGUCUCUGUCAGAUUUGAGGGACUCUCAGGGCGUGUCUCUACCCCAUGUGCCUUCUUUGCUCCGCCUCCUCAGACUGCUUCAGGACUUCCUGUUCGCCGAGGGCACUGACAAUCAAACACUAUGGAGUGAGAAGAUUUUUGAGGGGGUGGUGAAUCUGUUGGACAGGCUGCAGGCAUGGCACACGACCCCUGGGUCAGCGGGGGCCGCUGAGCUCAAAGAGAUGUCUCUGAUCGGCCUGCGUAUCAUCACUGGAUACAUUCAGCAGCAGCAGAACCCACAGGUGUGUGAGAUGGCGUGUUUGAAGCUUCAUAGCCUGCUGCAAACUGUGUUAUGUCUGUCCUGGGAGGAGGUGUGUUUUCUUCUGGGUCGUCUCGGUGCACCACUUUGGCCUGCAAACUGUGGCUCCGACCCGGGCGCCGAGGCUUUGCUGAGCCCUCUGGUGCCCAUCGUCCGAGCGCUUCUGGAUCAGCAUGCGGAUCGAACCACCCUUCAGAAGAUGCUCCCCAACCUGCCCGCCACCAACGGCAGCCCCUCCUUCGCCCAGGAUCUCCAGAACUACUGCAGCACCGCUGAGUGGCAGCAGUUCCACCAGAACCACGUGGAGCCCACAAUGCAGCAGUAUGAGCUAGACACUUUUGGGAAGAGUCAUGACCUGAUGUCCAAUUUUUGGAAUUCCUGCUUUGAUGCCCUCAUGAGCACUGCACAGAGGAGAGACAAGGACCGCUCCGACUGCAAAGCCAAGUUUCAGGAGCUCAUCAUUGACACGUACCUGAAACGAAUGCGCACAGAGAACAGCCGCUACCACAGUGUGCAGAAGAUGAUUAACAGCCAGCAGGGGGUGGUGUGGAGGCACUGGAAAUCACUGCGCAGGUUACUGAGCUGUGAGAGAAGAGCCUGGGCACUCAGGGUUCAGCCAGAGGUGAACUGGAAACUGUCGAGCGCAGAGACGUACUCUAAGAUGCGUCUGAAGCUGGUGCCAAAUUACAGCUUUGACUCCCACAGUGAUGCCAGCGCACUGAGAGAUAACAUGGGAGCCGACAGCCCUCGCAGCUCAACCGAGCCCAUCCCUCUUGCUGUUGCAAAGGAAGCCAAAGUUAGUGACAUGGAGGAUGACAAACUAGAGGAUUUUGAAGAUUUUGUCUUCAUUGAUGAGGCGGAGGAGGGCGAGGAGGAGAGCCAGAAGGAAAAGCUGGUGCUCUCAGAGGAGUGUGAGCUCAUCACUAUUGUUGCCGUGGUACCAGGUCGUCUGGAGGUCACAACGCACCACCUGUACUUCUACGAUGGCAGCAGUGAGAAAGAGGAGACAGAGGAAGGCAUUGGGUUUGAUUUCAAGAGGCCGUUGUCACAGCUAAGGGAAGUCCACCUGAGGCGCUACAACCUGCGGAGAUCGGCAUUAGAGCUGUUCUUCAUCGACCAGGCACACUACUUCAUCAACUUCAGGAAAGGGGUCCGGAACAAAGUCUACUCCAGGAUCCUAGGUCUCAGACCACCCAAUCUCUUCUACUUUGGUUCUCGCUCUCCUCAGGAGCUCCUGAAAGCCUCCAACCUGACUCACAGAUGGAUUUGCAGAGAGAUCUCCAAUUUUGAAUAUCUGAUGCAGCUCAACACCAUUGCUGGUCGCACAUACAAUGAUUUAUCCCAGUAUCCAGUGUUCCCCUGGGUGCUGUGUGACUACACAUCUGCUGAAUUGGAUCUGGAGGACCCAGCUGUUUUCAGAGAUUUGUCCAAACCCAUUGGUGUCGUCAACCCUCGACAUGCACAGAACGUCAGGGAAAAGUAUGAGAGUUUUGAGGAUUCAACAGGCACUAUCGAUAAGUUCCACUAUGGCACACACUACUCUAAUGCUGCCGGCGUCAUGCACUACAUGAUCCGCACAGAGCCCUUCACCUCAUUACAUAUACAGCUCCAGAGCGGCAAGUUUGAUUGUGCCGAUAGGCAGUUUCAUUCAGUAGCAGCAGCAUGGCAGGCACGAAUGGAGAGUCCAGUUGAUGUGAAGGAGCUCAUCCCAGAGUUCUUCUACUUCCCAGAUUUCCUGCAGAACAUGAACAGUUUUGAUCUGGGCUGCUUGCAAAUCAGUCAGGAGAAGGUCAAUGAUGUGUUGAUUCCCCCCUGGGCGUCUUCGCCUGAAGACUUCAUCAGGAAACACCGCAAAGCUUUGGAGAGUGAGCAUGUGUCUGCUCACCUACACGAGUGGAUCGAUCUCAUAUUCGGGUAUAAGCAACGAGGACCUGAAGCGGUGGAAGCUCUCAAUGUCUUCUACUACUGCACUUAUGAGGGUGCAGUGGAUCUGGACGCCAUAGCUAAUGAGACCGAGCGCAAGGCCCUUGAAGGCAUCAUCAGCAACUUUGGCCAGACGCCCUGUCAGCUUCUCAAGGAGCCCCAUCCUCCCCGUAUGUCAGCAGAGAACGCAUUCAGGCGGCAGGCCCGUCUGGACAUUCUGCCUCCCAACCUUUUUGAUCAGCUCACUAAACUCCGAUCUUUUAAAGAGGUGGUGAGUGAUGGUCUGCCUUUAGUCCAAGCCGUGGUGCCCAGAAAUCAAACCCGCUCCUUUAUCAUCCCUGGUUCUGAUGUACUGGUGACAGUGAGUGUUAAUGGAAUGAUAGGCACUCAUAGCUGGCUGCCCUACGACAAGAACAUAGCUAAUUAUUUCACCUUCACCAGAGACCCCACUGUGAGCAACCCAAAGACCCAGCGGUUCCUCAGCGGGCCGUUCUCCCCAGGGGUGGAAAUCGGGUCCCAGGUGCUGGUGGUGUCCACUGACGGGCGUCUGCUGUUCAGUGGGGGGCACUGGGACUGCCGCAUUAGGGUCACUAUGUUAGGCAAGGCCAAGCUGGUGGGCAGGAUCUGCCGUCACAUAGAUGUGGUCACAUGCCUGGCUUUGGAUCUCUGUGGUAUCUACCUCAUCUCUGGCUCACGAGACACCACCUGCAUGGUGUGGCAGGUCCUACAGCAGGGUGGUUUCUCUAGCGGUCUGUCUCCACGGCCCGUGCAGGUGCUCUGUGGACAUGAUCAAGAGGUCGCAUGUGUCGCCAUCAGCACUGAGUUGGAUAUGGCGAUCUCAGGGUCAAAGGAUGGCACAGUAAUCAUGCACAGUGUGCGUCGUGGACAGUACCUGCGGACCCUGAGACCGCCGUGUGAGAGCUGCCUUGCUGCCCCUGUGGCACACCUGGAGGUCGGCAUGGAAGGGCACAUAGUGGCACAGACUGUUAUGGAGGGCCGCACUGCUGGAAAGGAGAAGUAUGCACUGCAUGUGUACUCUGUGAAUGGCACUCUCUUAGCAUCUGAGACCUUGGACGAGAAGAUUUCAGCUUUGCAUCUGGUGCCUGACUACCUCAUCGUAGGCACACAACAGGGGAACCUUCACAUUCGAGACUUGUACAGUUUGAAUCUGGCUGUUGCGCCCUUGGCCCUGAAGGUCCCUGUGCGCUGUGUGUCUGUCACGAAAGAGAGCAGUCAUAUCCUGGUGGGCCUGGAGGAUGGCAAACUCAUUGUGGUGGGAGCAGGAAAACCGGAAGAGGUGCGGUCUGGGCAGUUUUCCCGCCGACUGUGGGGCUCCACACGCAGAAUCUCCCAGGUGUCCGCAGGAGAGACCGAAUACAACCCUGUCGAGCCUCCUGCUAAAUGAGCCCCUGCACAUGCCUUCAGCAAACACUGUGCAUCCACAAGAGAUGAGAGCGUCGGCGCUCCUGCACCACUCGUCCGCUUUCCUGCCCUUCUAAAACAGAGAGCUUGGGAACAAGAGUUAAGGGAACACAAGUGGUGAACAUCCAAACAUGCACUUUUAUACAAAAAGGGAAAAGAACAUUCUUCUCGAAAAUGCAAUGGUUUGUACUGCUUUUAACAGACAAACAUUCCAAAGAUUUUUGAUCAGGCGAAUCAGGCAGUCGCCUGCAAACUUUUUAAGCGUUGACGGCUAAGACUGAACUUUUUAAAAGCAGUAUGUUCUGUCCUGUGAAUCACAGACUGUCUUCUCACUGGCUGGAGCUCAGUGUGAUGGACUUAGUCUCUUGUCACUGAGUGACAAACCGUCAUCACCUGAGCCGUUUUAUAGUAUAGUAGAUCUUAUGCUGAUUUUUGCUUUUGUACACUGGUACUCCGUCUGACACUUGAAAACCUUCUUAUAUUAAACAAUAUGACGCCAGAUUUUUCCAUGGGACGGGCACCAAUAGAGACAUUUUAGCUCUGUGCAUGUACAAUAUGUGGGUGUGUGUGUUUGUAUUGCUUUGCACGGUUACUUGCAGACGCUUUGUAUAACGCAAUAAUUAAUGUGACGCCUAAAUUAGAACAAGAUCCUUUCACUCUUGUUUAAUGGUGUGAAGCGCUUUGAGCCCUACUAAGUCUUGUGACUUGAUUCAGUACCUCUGGUGCCUUAAAACAGGUAAACAAUAGAAAUGAUUAUGACAUGAAAUGUAUUAAAGGGGUAGUUCACCUGAAAAUGAAAGUUUUGUCAUCAUUGACUCACCCUUAUG